AACAAAAAAUUAAAAAUUAAUCAAUCAAAUAUGGGAGACGAGUUAGUUCUGGUAAAUUACCAUCCAAGUCCAUUUGCAGCAAGAGUGAGAAUAGCAUUGGCAGAGAAAGGAUUGAAAUAUGAAGCUAAAGAUGAAGAUUUAUUGAGCAGCAAGACCGAUCUUCUUCUUAAAAUGAACCCAAUUCACAAGCUACUCCCUGUGUUGAUCCAUAAUGGCAAACCAAUUUGUGAGUCUUUAAUUAUUGUUGAAUACAUUGAUGAGCAAUGGAACACUAAAUCUCCAUUGCUGCCUUCGCAUCCUUACGAAAGGUCUCAUGCCAGGUUCUGGACCGACCACUUCGAUACUAAGGUUUUCCCAAUAGCAGCAAAGCUGUGGACAACCAAAGGUGAAGAGAAAGAAGCAGCAAAGAAGGAGUUCAUUGAAGCCCUAAAAGUAAUGGAGAAAGAGCUUGGAGACAAACCCUAUUUUGGAGGUGAAAGCUUUGGAUACAUAGAUUUGGGAAUCAUUCCUUUUUCCACAUUCUUCCACACUUUUGAAUCACUUGGAAAUUUUAGUGUGGCAAAGGAAUGCCCUAAGCUUGUGGAGUGGGCUAAGAAAUGCAUGCACAAGGAGACUGUCUCCAACAGUUUAUGUGACCCACACAAAGUUUAUGAGAUCAUUUUGGAGUUCAAGAAGAAGCUGGGAACCUAAGAUUAAAAGCAAAGAUAAUUUCUAUAUCUUUUUGGAUCUUAGCAUUGAAUUCUUGUUUUGAAAUGAAAAUAAUCUGUGCUUGAUGCUUACUAUAGGCACUUAUCUAUUUCUAUGGAACUGAAUAAUUCCUUUGGAGUAAUUUUGUAGUUGUUCCAAUGAUAUAUUUCAUUGUUUUGAUCCGGUUCAAGAGAGAAAUUAAAUGAUAAGCCUAUUUAAUUAUUCUAGGCUUAAUAGUAAAUUAAAUUCAAACCUUUACUGAUUGUUGUAAUUUUACUCAAUUCUUUUGUAAUAAUAGUCAAAUUUCAAGAUUUAGUUGCAA